CAUAUGGAUGUAAUGCUGCAGCAGCUCUGGGUGUCACUGCACAGUGUGGGGACACCUUGGGGACCCUCUCAGCUCCCCUGGAUGAAUGGUAAGAAGCUGGGCACAGGGGGUGGCUGCCUGAAUGGCCUUUUUAUGUGACAGAUCUCUCACUGCAUCCCCUCUGUGUGCCCACCCUCCUCCUCCAGCCCCUCCCCAACACAUCUACACCCCCUGUGAUCUGUGAAGAAGCUUUGCAUGCCUGGGUUGGUGUCAGUUGCUACAGAGGAUUCCAAAAAGCUAGCAAGUGACAUGAGGGCUAGGUGUUGCCAUUCUGGUUGCCUGUAAGCCACAGCCAGUAGCCCCUGGUGGGAGAUGUACCUUGCAGGAUGUGGGAGCUGCAUUGAUUGAUAACUUUUGGGUUUGAUGUUCAGAAGACAGACAUGGGUGUGCAUGGAACCAGGUAAUUGUGCCACAGGGGCACUGGCCAUACCCAAUUCUAAUCUACAACUUGUUUGUGUCCCCCUGCUGCCCAUCAUGGGGGCUGUGCCAGGGGGCUUGCUUUUCUGGGCUUAUUCUGCAAUAUUUAGUUUUUCCUUUUUAGAAGUUGGGUAAAAAAUGAGCAGUGAUGGGCUGAGAUUUUGAUGUGAUGGUUUUGUUUCUUGGUUGUUUUAUAUUUUCCUUUAUUUUUGGUUUCUUGGUAGAAUGUUGGUUUUUGUGAAGCCAAUCAGCUAGUGGGUUUAGAGGGACACUUUUUAUUGCAGGUUAAUGAUGGGCUUUUCACUUAGCUGUGACCAUCAGGAUAGAUAGAAUGUAUAUUUUAUUUUCGAGCGGAUCCCACCAACCAUUGGUUUUCUAAUUUUAACUCCUUCGUGAAAGGGGGGUACCCAAAUCCUUUGAUAUCCUGUGAAGUGUUACGAAUGGGUUUCGGAUGUUCCUGUGCCAUACAUUCUGUGUGUGUUUUUAGGGUUUAAUUUUACAUUGAAUUGGAGUUUUCCGCGCACAGCUAUAAAUUAUUCUUUAAAGCCCACAGAUGCCCUACUUGUAUUGAACAUCAAGACAUUGGAUGGGGAGCCCAGGCUACAUUCUGCUACAGGGGAAUUUCCUUGUGAUCUUAAUCUGGGAAUGGAAAACAGAUGUCUACAGAGGGGCGUUCGCUUUUUGGGGAGGAGAUUGGUGUAAAAUGAAUUUCACCUGCUAGCUUACCCCCUUACCCCCUCCAACACUCUCCCAGUGUCCCUUUCCAUAAUGAUCCUAUGGGUCGUUUUUUAUCGCUCUGUGUCGGUGAUAGCUAGCCUUGACACCCCAUGUGUCUGUGAACUAAAUCUUCCAUGAUCCUCAGCCAGCCUGAGGGCUCCAUGGGGAAUGUAGUUCACAGACAUCUGGAGUGCCAAGGUUGGCUAUCGCUGCUAUCCCCCCCACCCACCCCCGUAUGAUGUUUUUUGCAGAACUGAGCAGUAGGUAUUACAAUUUCUGCAUGUCUCUGUGUAUUUGUCUCCCAACAUGUUCCGUUGUCAGAUACAUUGUUAUUCUAUUAAACGAGCCCCGUGAAAUAAUGGGUUAACCCGGUAUCACUGCAGCUGCAAUAGAUCUAAUGCUGCACUACUGAUUUGCAUUGUAUGUAGCUCGUAGCUUUGUGGCAGAGAGAAGUUGAAAAGCCUGUUUACUGUUUCUUUGAUGUUGGGCGGACCUGGUUUUGAUUAAGAUCAAUACUUUCUUUCAUUUACAGAGGGAAGAAGGCUUUCUGGAUCCCCUGCUGACUUGAGAGGGAUAGCAGAUUACUGUGGAAUUUAAAACAUACAAUAUGACUAGUGCGCUCUUGAUGACUCACCUCCCAGAUCACAGCAGCAGUUUCAGGGAAGACGCCCCACGUCCGCCGGUGCCCGGGCAAGAAGGGCAGACAUCAUGCCAACUUCAGACAAAAAGCCAAAGAUCAAAGUCUAUGUCCCUUUCAUCCAAACCUAAGAGAAACGACGAUGGCUUGGGCGAACCAGAAGGCAGCGCGUCCCCUGAUUCGCCUUUGGUCAGAUGGACCAAGUCAUUGCAUUCCUUAUUGGAUGAUCAGGAUGGAGCUCAUCUUUUUAGGACCUUUCUGGACAGGGAAAAAUGUGUGGAUUCCUUAGACUUCUGGUUUGCAUGCAAUGGAUUCAGGCAAAUGGACCUAAAGGAUGGCAAAACAGUGAGAGUCGCCAAAGCUAUCCAUAAACGAUACAUUGAAAACUAUGGCAUUGUGUCCAAACAGUUAAAACCACCCACCAAAGUCUUUAUUAAGGAUUCGAUCAAGAGACAGCAGAUAGACUCUACGAUGUUCGACCAAGCUCAGUCUGAGGUCCAGGCACUUAUGGAGGACAAUGCUUACCAGAUGUUCUUGACCUCCGAUAUAUACCUCGAGUACGUAAGGACAGGUGGAGAGAACACAUCGUAUUUCAGCAACGUCGGGCCAGGGAGCUUAAAGGUUGACAGUGGAUAUCUACCAACCUUGAAUGAAGAGGAGGAGUGGAACUGUGUGGACUUAAAACACAAGAGCUUGGUUGCGCUGUCCAGCAAAUCCUUAAGGGCUACAGCAAGUUCAAGAGCAAAGGAGACCGUAGACAUCGCAUACAGGUAAGCCUAUCCAACAUUAUGUGCAAUGUCUUUUGGCUAUCACAUCCUAUUGUGCGAUGUUUGCAGGCAGUGAUGCCUUUCAGUGGACUUAUUUUGUAUCUAGUGAGAUAGUUGGACUCUUUUCAGGAUCUUUGAGCAGAUUUAUUCCAAGUGCCUUACACGUCAUUGAAAUGCUUUGUAACGUAAGCCUUUUGCACCAUGGUAGCUGGUCAUCUGACAGAUCUGGGGCAAUAAUAAUAAAUAAUGCACGGUUUGUUGUAGUACAGCUUUUUAAGCAUUCGUCCACCUAUUUUAUGUUUUUACGUUGGCAUAAAAUUAUUUAGAUAAUAUAAGAUUUAAUAUUUUUUUGUUUGUUUAUCCUAGAUAUAUAUUUAGUUUUGUGUGUAAAGAGCAAAAUGUAGAGCCAUCUUUGGACGCAUUCCAUUGGUUUCCAUGGUGACUGCUCAACAUUUAGAUAUGUUCCACAGAACUGCCCAUUAUAAAUGCCUCCACUCACUGAUAUAGUCAUUUGAUAGUUGAGUUGGUGGUCAUGCCCCCUACUGCUAUGCACUUCCGCAUUUAAACCAGAAUUAAUGGUCAUGCUCUGUAUUAAUAUGUAUUGCUGCUGAUAUGAUAUUGAAAUGCAGUCUGUAGCAUUUCAAAGGGUUUCUUAGCUAAUUAUCCCGUAUUAAUCUCCCUGGAAUGUGAUAUAAUUGGCGAUAUUAUUCACCAUUCAUUAACAUGCGUGUAGUUAGCUGUUGGUGGUUGGUUAAAUCUGGCGUCCUACUGACCCGGGCUGAACUUCUAUGGCGUCAGAGACCGCCCUCUGCUGGAGGAAUGUGAGCUGUUCACCUAUUUACAUAAUCUGUUUUGCACAUCUUCACAUAAUACACAAUACAAAGAGCUUGCAAUCUAGCAUUACUUCCAGUCAUGUCGUCGAUAUAUCUCUGCCUUACUGUUGUGGGGGGGGGUUGCUUCUCUCAAAGCUCUGAGCAGGAUUCUGACAUAAUAAAUUAUUCACAAUAAUUCUGAAUAAUAUAUGUAGUGUAUUAUUAUAAAAGCCAAAAAUAUAGCAAUCUGCUCUUCACUCUCUGUCUUACUUUACCUUAUACCUUUCACGUCAUUAGAUCUAAUAUUAAUAAGCCUGAAACAAAUUAUACGACUCUAAAAGUUCACUCAGCGGUCUUUUUUAAAUGUCCUUUUAUGUUUGCAUCACCUGUUGCUAGAUCUACCUCUGCGUACAUCUGUUUUGUGCACCUUCUAUAUUUUUGGCCUUUGACUAUAUCAUAUUGUUUACAGUGAAAUUGAUUUAAUGUCUGAUUGACUGAGAGGUCAAAGAAAACCUCUCUAUUGUGACGUACCUGACAUGUCAGUGGCCCUCAAGGGAUCAAAACAAUUUCUACGACAUGGUAAAUGGGAAUUAUAGUGCCUGUUGAUAUUGAAUCUCAGUAGAUCCUCUUGUUUAAUGUACGAUAAAGUACAGAUUUCUGAAGAAUAGGUUAGAAAUCCAAAAGGAUGGAAUAAUUGAAGAGCUCAGAGCUCUCAUUGUAUUAAACAGGUCUUGGCAGUUCCAUUCUUCUAUGACCUCGGUUUGACCAGUCCUUGACGGGGUUAAGCUGACUUGGCAGUAACGGGUUAAAAGGAUUCAUCAAGGAAGCGUCUAAUUAGAAUGAAUCCCUUUCUUGUAAAGUGAUGGUCUUUGAAGUGGGAAGCCUUGCAUGGCUGUCAUCUCUCUGUGAUCUGCUCUAUGGUAUAAACCUUUAUAUAGCUGUGCUGAGUAUUCCGGGCACAGGGCUAUAAAGCUCUUUGAAAGAUCAAAGAAAGCCUAAUUUAACCGUUGGGUUCCGGGUAGCUUGGUCAACAUGUAACUGUUUAAAUGCCAGGGGUUGAGGGCAAGGCUUGCGAUUGUCUCCAAGUACACUUGUAAUCGGUUGUUAAGCUCACGUUGGCUUCCAUAUAUUUUCUGACCCAGUAGUAUAGUUUAUAAUGUUUAUAACAUAGCCCAUCAGAAUGUUUACAUGUUAAUGAUUGCCAUAUAGGAUUCCUAUGACAGAAACCUCUGGUUUUGGGAUAUACCUUCCCUUUCCUUUCGAAAUAAAUUGAUGGGGGGGGUCCUAAAGAGAUGCCAAGUAGCAGAGUACUUCUACUCUGGUACCUCCUGGGAAAUAUUAUUUUGGCUGAGAACCUAGAUCAGCCUAACAAGGCCCCCAGUGCAGGGGUGAAGUAUGGGAUGAGGCCUAGUGCUUUACCCAUGGCUAGCCUUGACAGGUCUCUGUCAGUAAUGUGGGUCUCAUUCUGUCUCUAUCUCCUUUCUGAAGACAAUACCUCUUUAGUCUAAGGCUUUAAGAAUGUGACCUAGCAGGAGUGGAUGAAGGAGAUCAGCCAAAAAUAUAUGGUGUUACUAGCAGGAGGGCUUGCUAUGAAUAUUAAAUGAAAAUGUGUGUUUUGAUGUGACCUUUUGUACUCUUGUAUGGCGCCCCCAAAGGUCGACCCUUUGUCCUGGACCUUUAACGACUUUCUUAAAUUUUGGAGUUGCUAUAAUGGGAUGCUUAUUACAAAUCAUGGAGGAAAGACAGGUGUAAUAGGUCUUCAAGGGUCUGGGGCAAUUUUCUCUGGUGUAACUUAUUUUCGAAGGUUUUGUGGCAGCCAUUUUGUUCCUAGUUGACUCAUAAUAGAUGUCUCAGGUCCGUGGGUAAAUACCGUCAGAUUCCCUUCACAAAAUUUAAAGCCAUUGUAUAUUAGGACUAUUAAUAUACAUGAUUACACCUGCUGCUAUCACAAUGGAUUCUAAAAGGUACUAGAUAGACCAAUUGUAGUAAAAUUAAGGUGGAUUUCAUAAUAAAGUUGACAGUCCUGUGAGAACUCUGUUGACUGUGAGGAGGGUCUUGAGACCCUUUGACGCCUUAAAAUGGUUUAAAAACAAACCGACAUUGCUUGUAGGAUCCAGUGGCCCAUACUUCUGAAAGAUUUGUGGAUGAAUGGAAUAGACUCUCACCAGAGGGAAAAAAACAGCAGUCGAAGAAAUUCACGAUUGUCGUGUGCUAAGGAUUUGAUGUCCUGACAGAGACAGGGUUAACAUGAAAUUGACUGUACUUCUUUCCGUGAUAAUUAGGGGAUAUAUAAUCGUGUAGGUCUCACUCGCAAAAAAAUUUAAGGAGCUAUUCAAGGCGUAAAUACAUGUUGUACAUUUAUUUAUUGAUUUGAAUUGAUUGGUUGAUUAUUUAUUGUGUAUUCUUCAAAAAUGUAAUGGAAAAAUAUUGAACUUGAUGUGAAAUUGUCAGUUCCUGUCUAACAUUUUGCUGGUCGUUGGUGUUCAGACAGUUCAUUUCAAGCUUAGCCAUCUAACUUCAACUGGGUUUCUCCCUUUCUCAGGGCCUACAAGAGGACGGAUCCAGUCAACCCCUAUCAUGUGAAUUCUGGAUAUGUUUUUGCGCCGGCCACCAGUGCCAAUGAAAGCGAGAUUUCAAGUGACGCUCUGACGGAUGAUUCGAUGUCCAUGACUGACAGCAGUGUGUAAGUAAUUGUGCAAACCACGUGUGUGCAUGCGCGCUCAUACUAAGAAUAUAUUCCAUUUUGCAUAUUAAUUUUGCAUGUUAAUUAGAACAUGCAUUCCCUCCUCCUCCCAGAAGGCCUUAACUUUUAAACAUAGCAGGUUAAGAUAUUGGAUGAGGAUAAUGGGAGUUAUAGCCCUGGUUACAUCUGAUUGCCACUGAGACUGACCAAUUGACAUCUUAUUGCAAAGAAGAAAAAAAAACGAAUUUCUUCCAGGAUGCAGACUCUGUGGGGUGUUAACAUAUAAUCCUUCAAGAUCACUAUAAUAGGAUUGUGAUCAGAGCUUCGAACUACCUCCCCCCCUCCUGUGGAUAGACCUAUUUUAUUUACGCUAAACCUUUUCCUUUUCUUGCCAAAUUUGAUUAGUUUCAUCUUGUUCUUCCAUUUAGCGAACCGUGAUUGUAGAGGUUUAUACACAUCAUUUAAAAAAAAAAAUUUGUUAUAAACUCACUGGAUUUUUCCCAAACACACUGCUUUGUACAAACAGCUGAAGGUCAUUUUUUUGUUGUUUGAUUGAUAGACUAGAUUAUACAGGGGUAGGCAGCCUUCGGCACUCCACAUGUUGUGGACUACAUCCCCCACAAUGCUGUUACACCCAUAAUGCUGGCAAAGCAUCAUGGUAGGUGUAGUCGAAAACAUCUGGAGUGCAGAAGGUUGCCUAUGCCUGGACUAGAAUUAGUUUGUUUAUUCGCUGAACAGUGAAUUGUGGUAAAUUUAAAUAUUGUCCCAAAAACCUUGUAUAUUACAAAUGCAAAUUUUUGCAUUUUAUCCUAAAUUUAGUUUUUCACUUUUGUCGUGUGUAAUGGGGGGGAAAACCUGUAUUUUUAAGGUUGGAGAGGGCAUGCUCUCCUUCACAUAGUACAUAGGCGACGCAUGCAGAACUAUUUCAGGGUUGUUCACAAUAGUAUGAAUUUCCGUGAUUCAGAGUGAAGUUCAAAUUUUAGACAAAAAUAGUCAAACCGACAACAGAAUUUUAAAUUUUAGCUAGUCUGGCCUAGAAUUUAAAUUAUAUUAAAUUCCUGGCAAUUGACACUUUACUGAAUAUCUUUGACAUGAUUAUUAACCUGGCUCCAAAUUAAACGUUUAAUAGUUAAUAGCUAUCCCUAGAUCAGCUGUUUAUGCCCACACGUUUUUCCAUUCAGUUUUUAAUUUGCCACAAUUUAGAGUUUAAUGAAUAAACUCUUUGAUUGCUUAAUUUCUACCCACACAAAUUGCCACAUCACUAGAUCAAGAUCAGAUCGUCGUUUUUGAAAAACAGAUUUAAUGCACUUAAAAAAACAGAACUGUUUGAAAGUUGCCUGACCCCCUGUCUGGUAUAAAAGCAGAUUCUGAAAUCGGUCCGUCACCCUUUUGGAUUGCAGAGUGAGAUUACGCAGGGCCUGCAGAGCACAGAUGGGAUGUGAAGAUCACUAAAUAGCAUUGUCUAGGGAUUGGGAUCAGAGCAACCAGUCCUGAAUAGAUUAUCUCCCCCUGUCGCCCCUUUUAAGCUGCAUUUGAAAGAGAGAUCUCGCUGCUCUUGUCUGAUUAAACCAGUAAAGGGGAUUUAAACCCUUUACAGACCUGGGCAGAAUUCUCAGAGAUGAGACAGUUGUCUCCCGCAGUGGCUCUUAAAAAGACGCCUCCAAUGUCUGUCCUACUAGUUGGGCCUAGAACUUUGAUCGCUAAGUUUAAUGGCUUGUUCGAUAAUAAACAUGUAAAUGAUGUAUAAAUAAAAUAUACAUACACUGUAUACAGACUGCACUUACUGUGCCUCCCUCUACUGUAUUUUAUUUAUAUAGUGCUAACAGGUGUACUCAGUUAGCGCUAUAUAAAUAAAAUAUACAUACACUGUAUACCUACUGCACUUACUGUACCUCCCUCUACUGUAAUGUAACCUGUAAAGUGCUGAGUACACCUGUUAGCGCUAUAUCAAUAAAAUAUACAUACACUGUAUACCUACUGCACUUACUGUACCUCCCUCUACUGUAAUGUAACCUGUAAAGUGCUGAGUACACCUGUUAGCGCUAUAUCAAUAAAAUAUACAUACACUGUAUACCUACUGCACUUACUGUACCUCCCUCUACUGUACUGUAACCUGUAAAGUGCUGAGUACACCUGUUAGCGCUAUAUCAAUAAAAUAUACAUACACUGUAUAUCUACUGCACUUACUGUAUCUCCCUCUACUGUAAUGUAACCUGUAAAGUGCUGAGUACACCUGUUAGCGCUAUAUAAAUAAAAUAUACAUAUACUGUAUACCUACUGCACUAACUGUACCUCCCUCUACUGUAAUGUAACCUGUAAAGUGCUGAGUACACCUGUUAGCGCUAUAUAAAUAAAAUAUACAUACACUGUAUACCUACUGCACUAACUGUACCUCCCUCUACUAUAAUGUAACCUGUAAAGUGCUGAGUACACCUGUUAGCACUAUAUAAAUAAAAUAUACAUACACUGUAUACCUACUGCACUCACUGUACCUCCCUCUACUGUAAUGUAACCUUAAAGUGCUGAGUACACCUGUUAGUGCUAUAUACAGGGAGUGCAGAAUUAUUAGGCAAGUUGUAUUUUUGAGGAUUAAUUUUAUUAUUGAACAACAACCAUGUUCUCAAUGAACCCAAAAAACUCAUUAAUAUCAAAGCUGAAUAUUUUUGGAAGUAGUUUUUAGUUUGUUUUUAGUUUUAGCUAUGUUAGGGGGAUAUCUGUGUGUGCAGGUGACUAUUACUGUGCAUAAUUAUUAGGCAACUUAACAAAAAACAAAUAUAUACCCAUUUCAAUUAUUUAUUAUUACCAGUGAAACCAAUAUAACAUCUCAACAUUCACAAAUAUACAUUUCUGACAUUCAAAAACAAAACAAAAACAAAUCAGUGACCAAUAUAGCCACCUUUCUUUGCAAGGACACUCAAAAGCCUGCCAUCCAUGGAUUCUGUCAGUGUUUUGAUCUGUUCACCAUCAACAUUGCGUGCAGCAGCAACCACAGCCUCCCAGACACUGUUCAGAGAGGUGUACUGUUUUCCUCCUUGUAAAUCUCACAUUUGAUGAUGGACCACAGGUUCUCAAUGGGGUUCAGAUCAGGUGAACAAGGAGGCCAUGUCAUUAGAUUUUCUUCUUUUAUACCCUUUCUUGCCAGCCACGCUGUGGAGUACUUGGACGCGUGUGAUGGAGCAUUGUCCUGCAUGAAAAUCAUGUUUUUCUUGAAGGAUGCAGACUUCUUCCUGUACCACUGCUUGAAGAAGGUGUCUUCCAGGAACUGGCAGUAGGACUGGGAGUUGAGCUUGACUCCAUCCUCAACCCGAAAAGGCCCCACAAGCUCAUCUUUGAUGAUACCAGCCCAAACCAGUACUCCACCUCCACCUUGCUGGCGUCUGAGUCGGACUGGAGCUCUCUGCCCUUUACCAAUCCAGCCACGGGCCCAUCCAUCUGGCCCAUCAAGACUCACUCUCAUUUCAUCAGUCCAUAAAACCUUAGAAAAAUCAGUCUUGAGAUAUUUCUUGGCCCAGUCUUGACGUUUCAGCUUGUGUGUCUUGUUCAGUGGUGGUCGUCUUUCAGCCUUUCUUACCUUGGCCAUGUCUCUGAGUAUUGCACACCUUGUGCUUUUGGGCACUCCAGUGAUGUUGCAGCUCUGAAAUAUGGCCAAACUGGUGGCAAGUGGCAUCGUGGCAGCUGCACGCUUGACUUUUCUCAGUUCAUGGGCAGUUAUUUUGCGCCUUGGUUUUUCCACACGCUUCUUGCGACCCUGUUGACUAUUUUGAAUGAAACGCUUGAUUGUUCAAUGAUCACGCUUCAGAAGCUUUGCAAUUUUAAGAGUGCUGCAUCCCUCUGCAAGAUAUCUCACUAUUUUUGACUUUUCUGAGCCUGUCAAGUCCUUCUUUUGACCCAUUUUGCCAAAGGAAAGGAAGUUGCCUAAUAAUUAUGCACACCUGAUAUAGGGUGUUGAUGUCAUUAGACCACACCCCUUCUCAUUACAGAGAUGCACAUCACCUAAUAUGCUUAAUUGGUAGUAGGCUUUCGAGCCUAUACAGCUUGGAGUAAGACAACAUGCAUAAAGAGGAUGAUGUGGUCAAAAUACUCAUUUGCCUAAUAAUUCUGCACUCCCUGUAAAUAAAAUAUACAUACACUGUAUACCUACUGCACUCACUGUACCUCCCUCUGCUGUAAUGUAACCUGUAAAGUGCUGAGUACACCUGUUACUGCUAUAUAAAUAAAAUAUACAUACACUGUAUACCUACUGCACUUACUGUACCUCCCUCUACUGUAAUGUAACCUGUAAAGUGCUAAGUACACCUGUUAGUGCUCUAUAAAUAAAAUAUACAUACACUAUAUACCUACUGCACUCACUGUACCUCCCUCUACUGUAAUGUAACCUGUAAAGUGCUGAGUACACCUGUUAGUGCUCUAUAAAUAAAAUAUACAUACACUGUAUGCCUACUGCACUUACUGUACCUCCCUCUACUGUAAUGUAACCUGUAAAGUGCUGAGUACACCUGUUAGCGCUAUAUAAAUAAAAUAUACAUACACUGUAUACCUACUGCACUUACUGUACCUCCCUCUACUGUAAUGUAACCUGUAAAGUGCUGAGUACACCUGUUAGCGCUAUAUAAAUAAAAUAUACAUACACUGUAUACCCACUGCACUUACUGUACCUCCCUCUACUGUAAUGUAACCUGUAAAGUGCUGAGUACACCUGUUAGCGCUAUAUAAAUAAAAUAUACAUACACUGUAUACCUACUGCACUUACUGUACCUCCCUCUACUGUAAUGUAACCUGUAAAGUGCUGAGUACACCUGUUAGCGCUAUAUAAAUAAAAUAUACAUACACUGUAUACCUACUGCACUUACUGUACCUCCCUCUACUGUAAUGUAACCUGUAAAGUGCUAAGUACACCUGUUAGUGCUCUAUAAAUAAAAUAUACAUACACUAUAUACCUACUGCACUCACUGUACCUCCCUCUACUGUAAUGUAACCUGUAAAGUGCUGAGUACACCUGUUAGUGCUAUAUAAAUACAAUAUACAUACACUGUAUACCUACUGCACUUACUGUACCGCCCUCUACUGUAAUGUAACCUGUAAAGUGUUGAGUACACCUGUUAGCGCUAUAUAAAUAAAAUAUACAUACACUGUAUACCUACUGUAUUUACUGUACCUCCCUCUACUGUAAUGUAACCUGUAAAGUGCUGAGUACACCUGUUAGCGCUAUAUAAAUAAAAUAUACAUACACUGUAUACCCACUGCACUUACUGUACCUCCCUCUACUGUAAUGUAACCUGUAAAGUGCUGAGUACACCUGUUAGUGCUAUAUAAAUAAAAUAUACAUACACUGUAUACCUACUGCACUUACUGUACCUCCCUCUACUGUAAUGUAACCUGUAAAGUGCUGAGUACACCUGUUAGCGCUAUAUAAAUAAAAUAUACAUACACUGUAUACCUACUGCACUUACUGUACCUCCCUCUACUGUAAUGUAACCUGUAAAGUGCUGAGUACACCUGUUAGCGCUAUAUAAAUAAAAUAUACAUACACUGUAUACCUACUGCACUUACUGUACCUCCCUCUACUGUAAUGUAACCUGUAAAGUGCUGAGUACACCUGUUAGCGCUAUAUAAAUAAAAUAUACAUACACUGUAUACCUACUGCACUUACUGUACCUCCCUCUACUGUAAUGUAACCUGUAAAGUACUGAGUACACCUGUUAGUGCUAUAUAAAUAAAAUAUACAUACACUGUAUACCUACUGCACUCACUGUACCUCCCUCUACUGUAAUGUAACCUGUAAAGUACUGAGUACACCUGUUAGUGCUAUAUAAAUAAAAUAUACAUACAGUGUAUACCUACUGCACUUACUGUACCUCCCUCUACUGUAAUGUAACCUGUAAAGUGCUGAGUACACCUGUUAGCGCUAUAUAAAUAAAAUAUACAUACACUGUAUACCUACUGCACUUACUGUACCUCCCUCUACUGUAAUGUAACCUGUAAAGUGCUGAGUACACCUGUUAGUGCUAUACAAAUAAAAUAUACAUACACUGUAUACCUACUGCACUUACUGUACCUCCCUCUACUGUAAUGCAACCUGUAAAGUGCUGAGUACACCUGUUAGCGCUAUAUAAAUAUAAUAUACAUACACUGUAUACCUACUGCACUUACUGUACCUCCCUCUACUGUAAUGUAACCUGUAAAGUGCUGAGUACACCUGUUAGCGCUACAUAAAUAAAAUAUACAUACACUGCAUACCUACUGCACUUACUGUACCUCCCUCUACUGUAAUGUAACCUGUAAAGUGAUGUGUACACCUGUUAGCGCUAUAUAAAUAAAAUAUACAUACACUGUAUACCUACUGCACUCACUGUACCUCCCUCUACUGUAAUGUAACCUGUAAAGUACUGAGUACACCUGUUAGUGCUAUAUAAAUAAAAUAUACAUACAGUGUAUACCUACUGCACUCACUGUACCUCCCUCUACUGUAAUGUAACCUGUAAAGUACUGAGUACACCUGUUAGUGCUAUAUAAAUAAAAUAUACAUACAGUGUAUACCUACUGCACUUACUGUACCUCCCUCAACUGUAAUGUCACCUGUAAAGUGCUGAGUACACCUGUUAGCGCUAUAUAAAUUAAACUUACAUACACUGUAUACCUACUGCACUUACUGUACCUCCCCUCUGUAAUGUAACAUGUAAAGUGCUGAGUACACCUGUUAGCGCUAUAUAAAUAAAAUAGACAUACACUGUAUACCUACUGCACUUACUGUACCUCCCUCUACUGUAAUGUAACCUGUAAAGUGCUGAGUACACCUGUUAGCGCUAUAUAAAUAAAAUCUACAUACACUGUAUACCUGCUGCACUUACUGUACCUCCCUCUACUGUAAUGUAACCUGUAAAGUGCUGAGUACACCUGUUAGCGCUAUAUAAAUAAAAUAUACAUACACUGUAUACCUACUGCAUUAACUGUACCUCCCUCUACUGUAAUGUAACCUGUAAAGUGCUGAGUACACCUGUUAGCACUAUAUAAAUAAAAUAUACAUACACUGUAUACCUACUGCACUCACUGUACCAUUUGAAAGAGAGAUCUCGCUGCUCUUGUCUGAUUAAACCAGUAAAGGGGAUUUAAACCCUUUACAGACCUGGGCAGAAUUCUCAGAGAUGAGACAGUUGUCUCCCGCAGUGGCUCUUAAAAAGACGCCUCCAAUGUCUGUCCUACUAGUUGGGCCUAGAACUUUGAUCGCUAAGUUUAAUGGCUUGUUCGAUAAUAAACAUGUAAAUGAUGUAUAAAUAAAAUAUACAUACACUGUAUACAGACUGCACUUACUGUGCCUCCCUCUACUGUAUUUUAUUUAUAUAGUGCUAACAGGUGUACUCAGUUAGCGCUAUAUAAAUAAAAUAUACAUACACUGUAUACCUACUGCACUUACUGUACCUCCCUCUACUGUAAUGUAACCUGUAAAGUGCUGAGUACACCUGUUAGCGCUAUAUCAAUAAAAUAUUCAUACACUGUAUACCUACUGCACUUACUGUACCUCCCUCUACUGUAAUGUAACCUGUAUAAUGCUGAGUACACCUGUUAGCGCUAUAUAAAUAAAAUAUACAUACACUGUAUACCUACUGCACUUACUGUACCUCCCUCUACUGUAAUGUAACCUGUAAAGUGCUGAGUACACCUGUUAGCGCUAUAUAAAUAAAAUAUACAUACACUGUAUACCUACUGCACUCACUGUACCUCCCUCUACUGUAAUGUAGCCUGUAAAGUGCUGAGUACACCUGUUAGCGCUAUAUAAAUAAAAUAUACACACACUGUAUACCUACUGCACUUACUGUACCUCCCUCUACUGUAAUGUAACCUGUAAGGUGCUGAGUACACCUGUUAGCGCUAUAUAAAUAAAAUAUACAUACACUGUAUACCUACUGCACUCACCGUACCUCCCUCUACUGUAAUGUAACCUGUAAAGUGCUGAGUACACCUGUUAGCGCUAUAUAAAUAAAAUAUACAUACACUGUAUACCUACUGCACUCACUGUACCUCCCUCUACUGUAAUGUAACCUGUAAAGUGCUGAGUACACCUGUUAGCGCUAUAUAAAUAAAAUAUACACACACUGUAUACCUACUGCACUUACUGUACCUCCCUCUACUGUAAUGUAACCUGUAAAGUGCUGAGUACACCUGUUAGCGCUAUAUAAAUUAAACUUACAUACAAACUCUGGCUGGCUAAAGGUGAUAGGAGUGUUAUAAUCCCAACUAAGUGCGGUCUGAUUGCCUUUAGUGGAGUAGUUUGUAUAUAUAUAGCCUGAGGAGGUUCGAGUGGCUCACAUUUCUACAGAUUGCCCAAUGCAAUCUUAUUCCUCCUCCUAUUUAAUAUAUAUAUAUAUUUUAUUAAUAGCUGUAAACCUUCUCAUCACAUUCAGCCCCCCUCCAGACUAUUAUAGUCUAAGCUCUUCCCUUUCUCCGAUCCUUUAUUUAUGGGUGCGGCGGACGCUUGGGGAAGGCUGAGCGCUGAACUUCAAACACUACCUUAUCUUGCAAACUAGGCUUUUGAUGUUAAGAGAUCACAGGCUUGUUAUGAAGUUCGUGCCAAAUGAAGAUGGGACUGUAUUCAGAUGCAACUGAAUCUGAUUUCAAAGCUGCUGUGAAACUAUUACACUUUGGGUCAGGCUCUGAAAAGUAUCUAAUUGGCUCCCUUUCCCUGUUUUCAAGCCAGGGAGGCCAGCCCAAUGUUGUGUUUGUCUCGUUACCCUGUCUGAGCCCAGCGACAUGUUACCUAUCGUUAAAAAACAACCACCCUUGUUAUAAUCUAGCAGUGUUCGCUCUCUAAAUGGCGGUUUAUCAGAGCAGGCAAAUAGGCCAAAAUUAACAAGGUAGGGUCCGUCUUCGAUUGUUUUCUGGCAAUUUGGACGUAAACUGUGGUUAAUUCUAUAUUUAUUCCCAGCGUACAGAUUAUUACUGUGCCUGAGUUAAAUUCAAAUUACUUUUAAAGUGUGUCUGCCCCUUUAAGAAAACCUAUACAUUAUUUUAGCAUAAGAACCAUCUCUAUAUGUAAAGUUCUGUAUUUUAGUAUUUAUAGUCCUUCCAGUAGGUUUUAAGAUUUUUAUCAUUAUUAUAUAUUACCAAAUAAUUUUGUUAGGACCCAUGUUUUAAGGCAACGCUUGCAAGACCCUCCCCCCGUACAUGUUACCACCAAAGGUCAUCCAAUUCGAUCAGCACAGCGAUCCAAUGCAAUCUGAUUACGCAGAUACAAUGUAUCCCCUGUUGUUACCAUUUUUGCUGUAAGAUUCUAAAACAUUAAAUCUGUACAUUUCAUGGGUUAUUUUAUUACCCCUAUGGAUAGAUCAAAAUGCAAUACCCCUGCCCCCAGCUGAACUUGUCACCUAUGGCUUUUUUAGAACAUCCCCUUUAGUUUCCAUUGCUAGAAAUCUUUUUUUUUUUGUAAAAUACUUUGUAUUUAAGUGUUUAAAAUGCGUGUCCAUCGUUGGGCCCCUCCCAGAGGUCUAUGUCUUGCUGACUGGCCAUUUUAAGAUAAUUUUGGACUAAUACGUGCGUUACGUCUCUCUUUACAGAGAUGGGAUCCCUCCAUACAGAAUGAGCAGCAAAAAAAAGCUUCAACGUGAAAUGCAUCGGAGCGUCAAAGCCAACGGGCAGGUUUCUCUACCUCAUUUUCCAGUAAGUAUAACGAUGGGCAUCUUGCCCUGUACUGUGGGUCUGCUGCUUUCUGUGCUUGUUAAGAGGAUUUUUCUUGUGUAAGCGUAUCCCACACUUUAAUGCCUGGCUUGCAGGUGGCCAACCAGUCUAUACCUUUUGUUUGUAUUUAAAUCUCAUUACUCGCAGCCAGCGUCCAACCGUAGCUGAGGCUCACGGUACUUGUUAGAAUAACUGUUACACUGCACACUAGCCAGCCGAUCUCUGGCGAGAGGCCCUAUGUUGGCUCUUAGACCUGUUCUGCAAAGCAUGUUUGUCUUUUAGAAUCAAAUUAAUGAGGUGUUGGUUUUUUUUUUUCUCAUGGCUGGGUCGCCGUGUCCUGCAGAUGUUCUUCGAUUAGAGCUGGAUCAUAGAUUGGCAGCUUCUAACACCUCUGGCUGCCACAGCCUUAAACCGUCUGUCACUGGCUGCCUGACAGUGUUGGGAGAUGGUAUACAGCUGAUGGAGGGAGCAGACUUCCCACAGAAGUGGAUUUUACUGCCAUCUUUUGAUGUUCAAUCAGGCAGGAAAUUACAGUGUUUGACUGUUUUCUGGGCCCAGUUUGCACUUGUCAAGACAUGGGUUGAGCCACCUGUAUUUUUGCAUGCGUACACUGCAGAAUUGUGCCGAGGCUGGAAAACCUCUUAGUAGCCUUUUUAAGACCUGUCUGGACUCUCUGGAUAACAAGGCGUUUUCUUAACCCUGGUCCUGAACGGUUUCUGUGUAUAAGGCAGAAUAGUGUGUUAUAUGAGCAUCUUCUUAAUUUAAUGUGCUGUCCCCCCGCAAUGUGGGAGCGAAGAGAAAUGGCUUCCCCCUGGUGGUAGAAUAAGUCUAGCCUUGUGCAUAGUCUUGUGUUAGGGUUGAUCGAGCUUAGCUCAUCUGUUCUUGAAUACAUAUCCCAUGAUUCUCAGCCAGCAAUUUGGAAUCAGUAUUGUAAAUGUGGAAGAGAGUUAUCUAGAGAAUAAUGUACAAUGAAAUAAUCGCACUCUUUCAGUUUGUGUAAAGAGCUUUCUGCUUAAAAUGUGACAUUUCACCCAGAUGUUUGCUGCGGUUCUGUGCCCUAUAAGUCAUAACUUAGAUUAGCUUGGUAGCAGUGUAUUUAAAAUACCCUCGAUUUUUUUUUUCUUCUUUUCUGCCGUGUCUCCCCUAUGUGCCUUUUUGCCCUUGUUCCUCAAUGUGCCUUUCUGCCCUCCCUUCUCUAUGUGUCUUUCUGCCCUCCCUUCUCUAUGUGUCUUUCUGCCCCCUUCUCUAUGUGUCUUUCUGCCCUUGUUCCUUGAUGUGCCUUUCUGCCCUCCCUUCUUUCUUUAUGUGCCUUUCUGCCCUCCCUUUUUUCUCUAUGUGUCUUUCUACCCCCUUCUCUAUGUGUCUUUCUACCCCCCUUCUCUAUGUGUCUUUCUACCCCCCUUCUCUAUGUGUCUUUCUGCCCCCUUCUCUAUGUGCCUUUCUGUCCCCUUCUCUAUGUGCCUUUCUGCCCCCUUCUCUAUGUGCCUUUCUGCCCUUGUUCCUCGAUAUGCCUUUCUGCCCUCCCUUCUCUAUGUGUCUUACUGUCCUCGUUCCUCUAUAUGUCUUUCUGCCCCCCUUCUCUAUGUGCCUUUCUGCCCCCUUCUCUAUGUGCCUUUCUGCCCUCGUUCCUUGAUGUGACUAACUGCCCUCCCUCCUCGAUUUGCCUUUCUGCUCUCGUUCCCCGAUGUUCCUUUCUACCCUCGUUCCUCUAGUGCCUUUCUGCCUUCGUUCCUCUUGUGCCUUUCUGCCCUCCUUCCUCGAAGUUCCUUUCUGCCCUCCUUCCUCGAAGUUCCUUUCUGCCCUCCUUCCUCGAUCUGCCUUUUUACCCAUCUCUUGCUUAUGCUCAUUUUUUUCUGUCUGUUCCCUGUGUGUCUUCUCUUAGUCUCAUUCACUCGCCCUCCCUCUUUCGCUCACCCUCCCUUCCUCUUUUUCUCCUUCGUUCCCUCCCAGAUACAUUUUUUUUGAUGUCUGACAACCGUCUUUGAAGAUUUCUAACUACAGAGCAGCUCCUGAUAGGCUGGUUGUAGUACAGAGGGAACAAGCAGGGUUCCUCAGAGUGUAACCAACUGGUAGUGCCGUAGGCGAGGGCUGCCGGGCAGGAUGCCUCUCCGUGAAGCCACCACUCUGGCUGAUAAAUAUCCAGAGCAGCCACAGAGCUGCUGCGGUUUCUUCCCUAGCUCUCAGAGACGCAUAUUCGAUCAUCCAUCCUCUGCUCCUGCUAAAGCAUGGUUCUCCCUUCUUCUUCCCGGUCUCUGUAGAGGACACAUCGGCUGCCCAGAGAGAUGACCCCUGUGGAACCGGCAGUGUUUGCGGCUGAGCUUAUUGUCCGGCUUGAAAAGGUCAAACAAGAGCAGGAGACUUUGUACAGCCUGGAGUCGAGACUGCAGCAAAUCAAAGAGGUAAUAGUUUAUUGAUCCCUGGUAUCUGUUCCAUCGCUGGUUCAUGCCCUUCAGGCCCCUGUGAUGCCCAUCGUGUCUCCAUUCUACCUGUGACCUUUUUUUUCCAUUUCGUUCAAUUAAUCCGGGAACUCACGUAGAUUAAACGCUCUCCCUUCUGACUGCACAAUACUGCAGGACUCUCCCAUCCUAGUGACCUCCAAUUACAAAAUGACUACAGCCGUGCUUGAUAGAGCUUCCAGUUCUCCUUUGCAAACUAACAGCCCAGAAUGACAAAAUGUUGGGGGUCGGGGGGGAGGUUGUCUGUUUUUUUUUUUUUUUGCAGACAGCCGUAAAGAUGUAAUGUUUAUGGGGGCUGUUCAUGUUUGCCUAGAUUUUUUUCUCAUUCGAGAUUUAUUUUUCCAUAAAUACAAUAUUUAUGUGAAUGUGUAAUAGAAUGUUUAUUUGAGCCACAACAGAAUUGAGAUAUUUAUUUAUGUGAUUUAAAUAUACAAGAACCACCUAUCUUUUUUGUGUGCACAAUACACAGCAUGUGUAUAUGUAUAUAUAAUAUACAUUCCCCAUAAGGAUUAUAUAGAAGAUUAGCUUGGGAAGGGUCCUGCCCCUAAAAAUAUAUUCUCUAUAUCCUUUGGCAGCGAAUGGUUUACAUUGACUGGGGUCCAAGGAGGGAUUUUGAAGCUUUCAUUUCGGUCUCCCCAUAGGAGGAAGAAAAGGAGGAAUCUGAGACCUCUGUCGGCUCUCAAUCCACCCGUGAGUCUGUGAUCCCACAACAUCAACCAGUAGCUGCAUUGCCUUCCAGCUCGUGUGAAGAUGAUCCACAGGCCAUCCUUGAUGACCACUUGUCUAGGGUCCUGAAGACCCCUGGAUGCCAGUCUCCGGGUGUGGUCAGACACAGCCCCCAUACUCGAUCUCCAGACCUUCCUCGACCGCUAAGGCCUACUGUACCAGUUGCUCCUAUCAUCCCUUGCACCAUGCUUGCCAAGGGCUUUGUCACAAAGCAGACCACCAAGCACAUCCACCACCACUACAUCCACCACCACACUGUGCCAAAGUCCAAGGAGGAGAUUGAGGAAGAAGCUGCCCGGAGGGUUCAGUGCUUUUGCAGUGGAUCUGUUGACUAUUGCAAUUACCUGAAAUCCAGGUCACAUUUCAAGGGUGGAGACCAUUCUAUCUCGCAGUUUGAAAACACGGGGUAAGCACACGUAAUUCCGCCUAUUGCUGAGGCCUCUGCGUAGCUGAUAUAUCUAGCCAUAUCCAUUUAUUGUAUGUGUACUGAGACUCUAAAAGUGUCCGGCUGCAUGGGGAGUGAUUAUUGUCUAGUGACAUGCAUGACCAUAAAAGAGCUUUAAAAAAUGUCAGCUUAUGGGAUUACAGCUAACAUGCUGUCAGUUACUCAGUCUUUGAAAUGUGUGUAUACAUUGGCAGAUAGGAAUUUUGUAUUCACUAUCUCCUUACAUGUUUUCCUGCAGCAGCAAGACUGGGACCUUCUCGAGGAGGAACUUCUCUGGGGAGCUUGAGGGCACGUCUGUAAUGUACCAAAUACCAGCGGAGGAGCAUUCACAUACCACUUGGCAGAGGAUAGUUGAGUGUGAGAACGAACGACAGGGCCGGCACAGAUUACACAGGUAUAGCUGCAGGGUGAUAAGUCAUUUAUCAUAUUUAUUUCUUACUGUGUAUGCUUUGCAGGUCCACUAAUGACCAUUAUAACAUGUGCCCUAGCUUAACCAAGGCCUAAAAGCCUGCAAUACCGAUCACAGUGCAGAAACUGGGUUUGGCACCGUGUCUCAUUAACCCCAUUAUCCGUGAUAAUUUUUUUAUUUUAUAUUUCAUGUACACUUUUUUUAUAAUAUUCGUUUUGUAGUUCACGUAAAUGUUUUAAAUGAAUAUUUAGCGGGGGGGUUUUUUUGUUUUUUUUCUCUUAGCGUGCAAUGUAGCAAGAAAAGUACGGCUUGUGAACGGAUUCGAGCGUCAUCCGCAGAGCGCCCUACCCGACAUCACGUGUGGGGGGCAGCAAGCUGUCACCCCCGGAACCUGCAGUCCUCGCACCUGGCAGUACAAGACUUAGCUAUUCCACCGUUCGCCAACCAUAAUACCCUCGCACAGCUGGAGGAGGCCUGCAGGCGGCUGGCAGAAGUAUCCAGACCAGCAAAGCAAAGGUAGGCAGACAGAUUGACCUGGAGGUUAAUGGGUUAAGAGUGCAUUUAAAGAAUUGUGUUUUAAUGCUCCCUCUAUGUAGCAUAUUAAUACUUUGUAAGUCAGGGUUAAGCUAUUCUAGAGCUACAUUCUCAAGGUGCCUUUCUAGCCAAAGGCAGUGAGGAAUCUACCCUUCUAUCUCCCUAGUGUAGGUUUGUAGUCUGAGAGCAAGUUGGUUAGCUUAGACAGUAUGUUUAUAUGAUCUCAUCCAGCUGCUUAGAGAAUGUGUGCAUCGUUCCUGCAAAUAUGUGCUCUCUCUCUCGUUAAUGGACAAGACAUUUUUAAAGGUUUCCAUAUUUUUAACACUGGGUACAUUUAUAAUAUAUGGGAAACAGCUGGGGGAAGCAAUUUAAGGUUGCACAGAAUGUUUGAACUGCAGAUCAUAGACGUGCAAAAGGAAACUCUUUCCCCCAACACUUUGAAAAUCCACUUGCAUUAAUCAGAUAAGUUUUUAGUUCCACAAAGGCGGUGGUCCUAUGAUUUAGGGGGCCUAUGUACGCAGGCCAAUGAUUCGUUUUAUUCACAUCAAAACGAAGGCAGAGGUGUUUACUCACUAAACACCAAAUUGUAGGGAAUUGAAAUACAAAUUGCUAAAUUAAGACUAGUAUAGAGAAGAUUUUCAGUCACUUAUUUUUGCCUACAUUUUGAAAUCUGUAUUCAGUGUGUGAUUUGAAUAAAACUGGAAUACAUGCAUUCACAUAUUGUAUGUAGAAACAUUUAAAUACAUAAAGGGAAUCAACACAGUAAAGGAGGAGACUAUAUUUAAAAGAAGAAAAACUACCACAACAAGAGGACAUAGUCUUAAAUUAGAGGGAAAAAGGUUUAAAAAUAAUAUCAGGAAGUAUUACUUUACUGAGAGGGUAGUGGAUGCAUGGAAUAGCCUUCCAGCUGAAGUGGUAGACGUUAACACAGUAAAGGAGUUUAAGCAUGCGUGGGAUAGGCAUAAGGCUACCCUAACUAUAAGAUAAGGCCAGGGACUAAUGAAAAGUAUUUGGAACAUUGGGCAGACUAGAUGGGCCGAAUGGUAUCCUGUAUCUGUCUUUUAUAAAUUGCUGUUUUGAACAUAUUGCAAAGGUCAAUGGAUUGAUGUAAAAUCACCUGAUUAUACAGUUCUCGAGUAUCUCAGCUAAUGUCUAUAAGCUUUAAGUAUGUUUAGACGUAAGUCUCUCCUGCAGAUGCAGUGUGUGUUUUAGUCAUUUUCCCUUUGUAAACAUACAAACCCCUCCAUCAUUUUGUAGCAGCGAAUUUUAACGCUCACUUCAAAGCUCACUCUAUCUUCCCCUCGCCCUCCGCCUCCUUCUCUUCCAUCGCCCUCAUCAGCAGUUCGCCCAGCGCAGCAUCCAGCUGACUCCGGUACCUGCUGAUACAAAACUUUCAAGAUCUGAAACACACAGCUUGAGAUUUAUAUUUUUUCAUUGUUGUGGGUUUUUUUCCCCAUCUGCUGAACAAAUUUUAUAUAUAUAUAUUUUUUUAAUUUGUUUUGUUUUAAUUUGCAUUUUUCAUACUCGGAGGAGAUGAAAGGGAUACAUUGUUUAAAACUUAAAGUGCACAGCAGAUCUGAGGUCCUGUCUUGAUUAGCACCUCUUAACAUUUAUUUAGGCUCCUUAUCAUUGAUGGAAUUUUCGUUUAACCCACUAUUAACAGGACGCCAGUGAAUACAUUAUAUGACCGUGAAGAAAUCAUUUAUUAUCUACUGAUGCUUAUAAACAGUUUCUAGUCAAAGUAAUGAUAAAUUGUUAGAAUUGGCAGAAUGAUUCUUUAUAUUCUAUGUCAGAGGUUUUUAACCCCUGAUUAAGCGACUGCCCUCAAUUAAAGUAUUAUCACUACGUCCCCAGUAAAUUGGAGACCUCCUCUGUCACUGGGAAGAGUCUAAUGAAGGCGAGAUGCAUUAUUUUAUUUUGUUUUAUAUUUUAAUAACAUUGAAGAAUGGGUCAAUAAUCUAAUUUUACAAUCUGGAAUUUCCUUGUCAAAUCUCUUUAAUUCUUGUUUUAGCGAAUAAUCUCAAUUUUUUCCCACAUAGAUCUCUGUUCAACCUAAAUUCUCGCCACCAUCACAGUAUUAACACUUUCUUAGUGUAGAAUUUUGUUGGGCCUUCUCCGUUGCCAAUUAUGGCCUUAUAUAAUAUGUGUGUAUAUAUAUAUAUAUAUAUAUUAGAUUUGUUGAUUGCAAUUCCAUAGUACAUCGCCGAUGCACCCUAAAUGCAAUAAUAAUCGUUAAUCAAUUUGACACAUGGAUUUAUUGUUCUGUUUGUGUUUCAGAUGUCCAACACAGAGCCAACAGAGGAGUCACUUGGUGCCAAGUCCUUCAGCGUCUGGUCUUCAUACCCCAACAACCCCUGUGUCUGAAGAGUAAGUCCCUACCAUUUAAGUAGAGUUUUAAAGUGAAUAUUCAGUUUAUAUACAGUCUAAUAGAUUUGGGUCACAGUGUGCAGACCAUAGGAUGCUUAUUCAUUCCACCUCCCUGUAUCAUUCUUUUUAUAAUUGCACUGCCCUCCUCUAAGCAGUGCAUGUCAAGCUGCUGUCAGUGUUCUGUACAGUUAGACCGACUGACUGCUGUCUGCAGAACAUUCGGAAAACACAGCAGCAUCACUGGGCAAUUAGCAGGACUGAAACAGCAAUAUAUUUUACACUAAAGGCUAUCACAGCUCUGCAUCAUAUCAUAUGUGUUUGUAGCUCUGUGUGUGUUUUGUAUAUAUAUUAAUUUAUUUCUAUAUAUUGAUGAUAGUUAAUUGGCAAUUGAUCAUCUAGUUUGGGGGUGCAGCAAGUCCUUCAGAUCCGUUAGGAUAGAUUUCUAUGUUAGGAAUUUAUUGAUAACAUUGAAAUAAUGUACAAUUCACAUUUCUGUGGACAUUCCAUGUAUGUUACUUGGAGAGAGACGUUGUGUUUUUUGUGUUUUUUAGUUUGUGGUUUUGAGGGGGUUAAUCAGGCGCUCCUGGAUUAGUCUAAUUACAGGGCCAGUUCUUUUUAACAAGGAUUCCAGCUAAAGAGGCCUAAAAGUGACCUAAAUAAUUAAAACCGCUCUCUUUGCCCUCUUCAUCUUAAGAAAGCUGUUGGCUUUGAAGUCCAGCCAUUAGGCACCUGUCUCCAGCCUUUCAUUUUUAAUUGGCUGACCCUGAGACCCCCAGCCGUCUGAGCAAAGCAGAGGGGCUUUUUCAAUCUUGAGCAGCCUGUGUAAAGUCAGGAUGGGCACAGAUCAUCGCCUCUUAUUUAUUAGCAAUAUUACACUGAAGGAAUUUUUAAAACAUGUCUUACAGCUUCUGUGCAGUUAUAGCCUCAGUGUGAAAUUUGAAUGAAGGGAUUUGGGUUUAAAUAUUAAUAGGAAUGUGUGGAAGGACUGGAUUUCUGCCAGGUAGGUAAAAUGCUUUCAAAUUAGACAUUUCCUGUCCAGCACUGCAUUAUACUGCAACUCCCAUUAGGCUUGCCCACCUGAUUGUCAUUGUAUUGAACUCCUAGAUAGGUGUAGAACUCUGUGGAACAAUUGUGUAUAUGACACCAACAAUAGCACUGUGUAAUCACAAUGUAAAUUGAUAUAUUUUUUAAAAUUCCUUUCUCCUUAAAGUUCGAAAGAACCAAAGAAAUCACAAAACGCUUCCCUUCCGGCCUCCAGCGAACUCAUGGUGACGUAUUUUUUCUGUGGAGAGGAAAUACCUUACCGGCGAAUGCUGAAAUCGCACAGCCUGACACUGGGACACUUCAAAGAACAGCUUAGCAAGAAGGGAAACUAUAGGUACGAAGCAAGAACUGUACCAGUUUAAGGAUUGCUCGCUUCCCGUGUGAGUCUAACAUCUGCAAACCUUUCUGCUUUGGGCUGAGGGCGGUCUUCUAACCAUGAAUUUCUAUAUUGUUUUUCUUUUGUUUAGAAAAAUGCUUAUUGUUCCUCCUGGCACUCCAACGGUUAACAGCACUCUCUCCGUGCUCACUCCAAUUUACCCAACGCUUUAACGCUUUAAGAUUUUAAUUCUUUUCCUAGAGGGGCAGCAAAUGCAUGGCAAUGGUAAAGAGGUUGAUUUACUAACCUGCCUGCCACAGGGGGCGUUUUUAAUGUCUUUGCUUGAGUGCACGCUUUAGCGGGUUUGUUUUAUGAAAACAACGGCACAAUAACCAACGCGGCAUGAAAAUACAUGAAGGGCUAAACUUGGCACUGCAGAUGUUUGACUGCAUUUCCAGUGAUUAGGCUGGCUGUGAAUCAUAAGAAGUGUAGUCCAUGAACAUCAGCAGUCCUUAGCUGAGCCAACACAGAUUAUUUUGGUUUACAUUACAAAUACGGUGAUUCAGUAACAUUUAGCACCUGCAUUUUCUAUGUCCUAUGCUUAGAGAGUUUGUCCCAGCAUGCACCUGUCCUCUUUGCCAAUUGGUCAUUCUCCGGCUUCUAAGAUUUGUGCAAUGUGUUGUCAAACUGGUGCAGGACUCAGGGAAGUAGCACACUCUCUAAGAGCAUGGCAGCACAAAAUAAUUUAACAUCUCUAAACCAAAUUCAUGGAUUUAAUGUUAUGUUUGCUGUAAGUGAUAAAACUACUUUAGCCGUAAUCUUACCCCUCUCUAAAAAUAUAAGAUUUAUGCUCUGAAUGCAUAGAGGCCUAUUAAACGAAGAAUUGUCAGAGCUUGACCAGUGGAUUGCAAAUUUUAGGCCAAACAGAUGAUUUGGAAAAGUAGCCGAGCUGUAGCCUAAAAUGUCAGAUUAUUUUGUCAGUUUUCUCACUAUACCCAGAUUUCCAUGAUUCCAGAGGUCCAAGAAAUUUUGGAAUCUUUGAAUGAUGCAACUCAGAGAACUGGGCACAUCUGUCAAUGAUUUAAUAUUGCAGUUAAAAAGCUCAUUUAAAAGGAAUGUCUUUGUAGCUUUUUUUUUUUUCCUCCCUUUUUCUUUAAACACGAAGCCAGUGCAAAUAUUUUGAUCUUUGAUGUACGAGCUGAAUGGAGAUUUUUUUUUUUAUUUAAAGUGACUCUUAUGAAUUCAAGUAUCUCUCAAAAGUUUAGAGCUUUGUCAAAUGUAUGCUUUAAAACUGUACAAUUCAGAACAGAUUUUAUUUUAAAAAAAAAAGGUGUGUAUUCAUUUACAGCAAACUGGGGGGAAGACAAUUUAUUGUGCACUUUCUGUUUCCUGUUACUUCUGUAACAAUUUACUGUUCAGAAAUUACUCAAGGAUUAGGGUGUGCAACAAAUAAAUGCUUCCCUUGUCUGAUGACAAACACUAGCGGCGAAACAUUUUUUUUCCCAAUCUAUAUGGAAGCUUUCUUACUCAAAGGGCCAUGACUAUAUUGCAAAGGUAAAUGUGUACAGUACUGAGGUUAUGCUCUGCCGCACUCUAAUCUUUACAAACAGCGUUUUAUAUAUAAUUAUCCAAUAUCAUGAUUACUUUUGCCCUCCCUAUUAUGUAUCAAUGCCAAAAAAAGCAAGUUUUGGCUUGGUUAUUGUAUGCGGUUAGAAUAUUCCCCUAGAUCAGAGCAUCAUGUAAGUUACUGUAUUAAGACUUAAUACUGCACAGUACUCAGGUUAAAAUAUUUUAAAAACAUUUAGAAUAUUCUAAGGGCACUAUAAUCACCACUGCGGCUUAUUGUAGUGGUUAUGGUGCAAAGAGUCUGAGGAUGAAGUCCCCUUCAGAUUGUGUCAAAUUAGGGAUUUCACAGCUCUUAUAGCUUAGCUAAUGCAAAACAUUGGUGGAUUAGCCCACUGAGACCGUCCAAUCUGUUGUUCAAGGCAUUGGAUUACUCUGCUGAAUCUACAUUAUUAAAAGUAUCUUCCAACAUAUUUUCUACCUCUUUUCUAUGGAUCUGAGCCCUGGCAUUACAGGUUAGCUGCUAUUGAAUGGUUUCAUAGAUCAGCAGGCCAUAGAAUGCCACCGAAUCCAUUUAGCCUACACUUUAUUAGCACUCUCCCUUGACGUUCAGUGGGUAAAGCGAGAGAUCUGUGCCUGUGCCGAUAAAGAUCUCAGUAUGCCCAUGUGACACUUGUACAGACAGAGGGUAUCAGUAUAUGACAUCACAUCCUGAAAUCUUCUCUGUAACAUAGCAAGUGGUCAAAGAGCAGCGAUAAAAAUCAGCGAUGUGAUCGCCCUUAUCUUCUCCUAAACUCGCUGAGUCAGCAGGGCACAGGAGAAAUGUCGGGGAGCAUACAAUGCGCAUGUAUCGCAUUCCCACAAUUACUCAGAUUCACCUAAAAAUUUCUGAACCAGAUGUGCUACCAAAUAAAUCUAAAUCUUGUCAUUCUAAAUCAUAAAUCAACAAACAUAUCAUCUUUACUUGGUUUUCUCGUAAUAUAAGCAUAUCAUGCAAAAUAUAUUAUCGCAAUGUUCUCUGGCUCGGAAAGGGCAUUUUUCUGCUGGGGUCAGAGUUUUGUAUUCUCAGAGUUUUGCGUUUUUACAGCUUACAAACCGUUUUUACUUGUGAUCUAAUGAUCUUUUUGUAUCACCAUAAAAUGACUACAAAUUAAUUUGCCUGUAAAUUAUAAUAUGAGUUCUUUACCGUCUUUAUUUUUUUUUAUUUCUUGCAGAUACUACUUUAAAAAAGCUAGCCACGAGUUUGACUGUGGCGCGGUUUUCGAAGAGAUUCAGGAAGAUGACGCAAUCCUGCCCACGUAUGAAGGGAGAGUACUCGGAAAAGUGGAACGCAUUGACUGAACAAUGAAUGUUCCCAUGCGUGACCUGUACAUUCCUUUUUGGGACACAGUGUUACUCCGGGAGUAUGUUGCCUGGAGCCAGCCCCGCGUUUCUUCACCCUCUGUGAACCCAUUAAAGAAAAACCAUUGGCCUGAACAACCAGCUGAUGUCGUAUCUGGAACAAGCUGCCAUUCCACCUGAAAAACACCUGCUACAGAGACAAACUCCACCAUCUCGAUACAUUAGGACAGGAUGGACAAUGUGGGAUGGCAAAAUGGGCCCCAAUUGAUCGAAUUCUGAUAUUCGAGUAAUGUAUCUGUGAGCAGUAGUGGUUUGUAAACAGCUUCACAUCGCUGCUGCAAGUCCAGGACUGAAGAAAGGUGGAAACACCAAAAAUGAGAAGAUAUUUAAGAUGUCCAAAAAUGAGAAGAUAGGGCAAGAAUUUAAGAAAUUAAAGUGAGCAGAUGACUCACAGUUCUCACCAACUCCCAAGAUGGUAACUUUUUGGUCUAUUUAUUAUAAAAUAAAUAAAAUGAGCACCACUACAGAUUGUAUCAGACUCCUGUACAUAUUUAAUGACCUCAUGGAGACCUGACCGCUAAGGACUUGAGGGGUUGGCGUAACUUUUUUUUUUUUUUUUUUAAAGCAUACUGUGUUUUGAUAUUUAUUGAACUGUCUGAUCCAAGUCAUGGAUCAUGCUGCUUUAUUGAUUUUUGGAAGAGAAAGGCUCUCAUCACAUUAUAUGUUAACACAUUGAAGAAUUAAGCUAGCCAGUUGUAUGCAGUCACUUUCAAUUGGUCAGUGAGUAGAUCUCCCUGGUAAUAAGCCUUCGAAGUUGAUGGUGUUUCAGAGAGUCCGUUCAUUGAAUUUAUGCUGCUUUUUAAAACAUUGGCAAAUUUAUUUCUGAGGAACUUAAUAUCCUGGUGCCUUUGGUCCUACUUUUUUGUUUUUGUCUUGUGGGUUUUUAAUUUUAUUAUUAUUAUUUUUUAUUGUUACUCUCCUCGACGUGGUAUAUCCCAUUUUAGGUAUUUUUUUUUUUUUUAAUGAUUCAUUGUUUAGAACCAUCAAGAGUUACAUUACAUACCUUUAUUAAUCUAUAGGGGUAUUCAUAUAAGGCAAGAUUUCUGUCAUUUAUAAGACGGGGAAAGGAGCCUUUGCUGCCAGAAAAUGUAAAAAUCAAUUAAAUACGGACGCAAAAUUACAGGUUCAUUCUACAAGCAGCCUUCAUUUUGCAGUUUAAAUUAAGGUCUAAUUGUGACUAGUGAGCAAAAAAAAUUUUUUUUUCAUUAAAGUUUUUGGUAUUUUUUAAUUGCCUGGAAGCAACGUGUCAACUUAGAGAAAAGCCGUUCUUUGCACCAGCUCUCUGGGAAAAAAACAGAUGCUCAAGAGUGGUCGACUAUUCUUCUAAAAAUGGGAGUCAAGCUGUACCUAGGCUAUUACAAAGCCUUAUGGGAGUUGUAGUGCAGUUUUUAGAACCUCAUUAUAAUGAGCAAAAACUGUUCACAGAAAUCAUUUCAGCCUCAAAUAAUCUGUUUCUUAAUCUUGUUGGUAAACUGCCAUAACAAUGAAAGGAUCCCAUAUUACACAUUAGAUGUGGCACUCUAUAUUAGGGUGCUAGAAUCUUAUGCCGUCAUUUUCGCAUACUUGUUAUUGUUAUUAUUUUGUUUAUACUUUUUUUUUUUGAGGUGGGCUUUAUAUGGAUACAUCGUUCCUGCUAGAAUUCUGUUCUAAUGUAUUGUACAAUAAUUCUGUAUAUAUUGUAACAAAUUGUAUAAUUACACAAUGUAUAGCGUUUAAAUAUAAAGUACUGUACCUGUGCCUCGUGGUGAAAAGUCACCGUAUGUCACCCUAUUCUCUAGGGUCCAAUCCUUCCCUUGUAUUUAAGGGGUUAAUGUAUAGAUGAUGCCUUUUUUAUUACGUCUCGUACUUUUUGGCAUUUUUGUUCAACUUGUACUGUAAAUUAUGCAUUAUAAAGAGUUUCAUUUAAAGAAAAGCUAACAUGGUACAAUAAUUAUUGUAAUUAAGAGAUGUAGCAUUUAUUAAAA